AUGGUAAACAUUAUCUUCCUCCUUUCUUUGUCACCUACCAGGUGGAUGUUGGUGGUGGCAAACAGCCUGCUGAAAAUCAUGAACCUAUCUACCACUUCCCCCACAAUACAUCUUAAUGGCCUCCCCCCUGACCAAACCGCACGUUCAGGACCUGAUCCAAAGCAGAAUAAUACUUGCUUAAGUGUCCACCUUUACUACGUGGAAAAUGGUGCUGGAGGAGAGGAAAGUGUGCUUACCUACCCACCUGGCGACUACGUUGCAGAAGAGCUUUGCAUCCUCGCAGCCCAGACCUGUGGUAUCACACCAUUGUAUUUCAACUUGUUCGGCCUCAUGAGGGAAAGUGACCGGAUGUGGUUUCCGGCUAAUCACGUCUUUAAACUGCAGCAGGAGGCCAGCGAGAGGCUACACUUCAGAAUCAGGUACUACUUUCCUGGCUGGUACAAUAGUGGCGUUUCUACAUGUCCUCACCGCUGCGGGCUUUCCAAAGGAAUGGAGAGCCCUGUGAUGGAUGAGUGCGUCAUGGCCUACCAGUUUUUCCAGUGCCGGAGUGACUUUCUUAAUGGUAGGGUGGUGAUCCCAAUGGGUCACGAAGCCCAGGAGGAGUGUCUUGGUAUGGCUGUACUAGACAUGAUGCGCCUGGCCAAAGAGAGUGGCCAGUCACCUGUGGGCAUCUACAAUGACACCAGCUAUAAAUCGUUCCUGCCAAGCUGCAUGCGAAGUCGCAUACAGGAAUACAACAUCUUGACUCGAAAGCGCAUCCGCUUUCGGUUUAAGAGGUUCAUCCAGCAGUUCAGCGAAUGCAAAGCCACAGUGUGUAAACUUCGCCUGAAAUAUCUGAUGAGCCUGGAGAUACUGCUUCCGUCGCUCUACUCGGAGCGCUUCCACGUCAAGGACCUUUCCGCACACGAUGUUACCAUCGUCGUCAUGGGCAACAAGGGCAUCCUGUGGUCAAAAGGGAAAACGGAGGGAGGAGAGGAGGAGCUGCAGACAUACUGUGAUUUCCCAGAGGUGAUAGACAUCAGCAUUAAGCAAUCCAAUAAGGAAAGCUCAGUGGAGAGUCGCAUAGUUACGCUCACGAGACAAGACCACCAGAUCCUGGAGCUGGAGUUUCACUCUCUCCCAGAGGCGUUGUCGUUCGUAUCGUUAGUGGACGGAUAUUACAGACUUGUAGCGGACGCUCAUCAUUAUCUUUGCAAAGAGGUGGCCCCUCCGAGACUUUUGGAGGACAUCCAGAGUCACUGUCAUGGCCCCGUGUCGAUGGAGUUUACCAUCGCUAAGCUGCGUCGCGCCGGCAACCGCCAAGGCCUUUACAUACUACGUCGAAGCCCCAGAGACUACGACAAAUUCUUCAUGUCCUUCGUGGUGGGGUAUGACACAGCUAUGGACUACAAGCACUGUCAGAUUGUGAGGAGCGAGUCAGGAGAAUACAUUCUGAGUGGUGCCAAGAGAAGCUUCGAUACGCUCGGGGAACUUCUCUCCUGCUAUCAAAACGAGGCGCUUCGCACAGACGGCUACACAUUUCAACUGACCAAGUGCUGCCCGCCCAGCUCCAAACACAAAUCCAAUCUGCUGGUGUGUCGAAGUAACCGAGGUCCAGAGGUUCUUCUGUCUCCCUCUCUCCAAAAGAGCAUCAGCCAGAUGGUUUUCCACAAGAUCCGAAAAGAAGACCUUGUCAUAAGCGACAGUCUCGGCCAGGGUACGUUCACCAAACUCUUCUCCGGCGUGAGGAAGGAGCUCGGAGACUACGGGGAGAUUCAUCAGAUAGAUGUGGCUAUCAAAAUUCUGGACAAAGCUCAUCGCCGUUACUCAGAAUCAUUCUUUGAAGCAGCUAGCAUGAUGAGCCAGCUUUCCCACAAACACUUGCUACUUAACUAUGGUGUUUGUGUUUGUGGAGAUGAGAACAUUAUGGUUCAGGAGUAUGGAAAAUAUGGCUCUUUGGACACGUAUAUGAAGAAGAACAAAAAUGGCAUCAACAUCACAUGGAAGCUGGAGGUAGCCAAGCAGCUAGCCUGGGCUAUGCAUUACCUGGAAGACAAGAAUAUUGUCCAUGGGAAUGUUUGUGCCAAGAAUGUUCUGGUGAUCCGAAAAGAGGACCGCAAGACGGGAAGUCUGCCUUUCAUCAAACUCAGCGACCCUGGCAUCGGCAUCUCCGUCCUGCCCAAAGAAGUUUUGGUAGAGCGUAUCCCGUGGGUGCCGCCCGAAUGUGUGGAAAAUCCCCAAAAUCUGAGUUUAGCCACAGAUAAGUGGGCUUUCGGCACGACCCUCUGGGAAAUCUGCAGCAGUGGAGACAAACCGCUCCACACCCUUGACUGCUGCAAGAAGCUGAUGUUCUACAAGGACAGACACCAGCUACCUGCUCCUAAAUGGAUUGAGUUGGCCAAUCUGAUUAACAGUUGUAUGGAUUAUGAGCCUUCACACCGACCCUCCUUCAGAGCGGUCAUAAGAGACCUGAACAGUCUCUUUACACCAGACUACGAGCUGCUGGUGGAAAGUGACAUGAUGCCCGCCCGGACGCGAGGCUCCGGUUUCCCGUGGGCCUCUGAGAGCCAGGAACCUGCUCAGUUUGAGGAGCGACACCUCAUCUUCCUAAAACAACUAGGCAAAGGCAAUUUCGGUAGUGUGGAGAUGUGCCGCUACGACCCGUUGCAGGACAGCACAGGGGAGGUAGUGGCCGUUAAGAAACUCCAGCACAGCACGGCCGAGCACAUUCGGGACUUUGAGCGCGAGAUCGAAAUCCUCAAGUCUCUCCAUCACGAGAACAUUGUCAAGUAUAAAGGAGUGUGCUACAGUGCAGGACGAAGGAACCUACGCCUGAUUAUGGAGUAUCUUCCAUACGGCAGCUUAAGGGACUAUCUCCUCAAAAACAAAGUUCACUUUGAUAUCAAGAAACUGCUUCUCUACUCACUACAGAUUUGCAAGGGAAUGGACUACCUGGCCACAAACCGCUACAUCCACAGAGACCUGGCCACGAGAAAUAUUCUGGUGGAGAGCGAAAUGAGGGUGAAGAUUGGUGACUUUGGUUUAACCAAGGUCUUGCCCCAGGGCAAAGACUACUACACUGUGAGGGAACCCGGGGAAAGCCCCAUCUUUUGGUAUUCUCCAGAGUCACUCACAGAAAGCAAGUUUUCAGUUGCCUCAGAUGUUUGGAGUUUCGGCGUGGUCCUCUAUGAACUUUUCACUUACUGCGAUAAAAGCCAAAGUCCACCUGCGGUGUUUAUGGAGCAGAUGGGGGAUGAAAAACAAGGACAGAUGAUCGUUUAUCAUUUGAUCGACCUGCUGAAACAAGGCUAUCGCUUGCCCGUCCCGGAUAAUUGUCCCAAGGAGAUACAUGCGAUGAUGAGCGAAUGCUGGAGCGGCGACCCGGGACAGAGGCCAACUUUCCAAAAGUUGAUCCGCGACGUGGAGACGGCGCAAAACAACAUGGACACGUGA